AUCGUGUGACGGAAGUGAAGACCAACAUUUAUGUCACCAGUUUUGGGCCGGUGUCAGAUACCGACAUGGAGUACACGAUAGACGUGUUCUUCAGACAAAGCUGGAAGGAUGAGCGGCUGAAGUUUAACGGGCCGAUGAACAUUUUGCGCCUGAACAACCUGAUGGCCAGCAAGAUCUGGACCCCAGAUACUUUCUUCCACAAUGGGAAGAAGUCAGUGGCCCAUAACAUGACCAUGCCGAACAAGCUUCUGCGGAUCCAGGAGGAUGGGACCUUACUCUACACCAUGAGGCUCACGGUGCAGGCCGAGUGUCCCAUGCAUCUCGAAGACUUUCCCAUGGACUCACACUCCUGUCCCCUGAAGUUCGGCAGCUAUGCCUACACGAUGACGGAGGUGACGUACUCGUGGACGCGUAAUGCCUCGGAGUCAGUUGUGGUGGCAGAGGAUGGUUCCCGGCUUAACCAGUACGAUCUGCUUGGGCAGACAGUUGGGAAGGAGACCAUAAAAUCAAGCACUGGCGAGUACACUGUCAUGACGGCUCAGUUCCACCUGAAGCGGAAGAUCGGCUACUUCGUCAUACAGACCUAUCUGCCCUGCAUCAUGACAGUCAUCCUGUCCCAGGUGUCCUUCUGGCUGAACAGGGAAUCUGUACCAGCCCGGACUGUUUUCGGCGUGACCACCGUGCUGACCAUGACCACUCUCAGCAUCAGCGCCCGCAACUCUCUGCCCAAAGUGGCCUACGCCACCGCUAUGGACUGGUUCAUCGCUGUCUGCUAUGCCUUCGUCUUCUCGGCUCUGAUCGAGUUCGCCACCGUCAAUUACUUCACCAAGCGUGGCUGGGCCUGGGAUGGGAAGAGUGUCGUGAAUGACAAGAAAAAGGAGAAAGCUUCUAUAAUAAAGAAGAACAAUGCGUAUGCCGUGGCAGUGGCCAAUUACGCACCCAACAUCACCAAGGACUCGGUGCUUCCGACCAUCUCCAAAGGCGCUACGGCCGACCCUAACAAGGCCAAGCCGGACGCCAAGCCCGCAGAGAACAAGAAGACGUUCAACAGCGUCAGCAAAAUCGACCGCAUGUCCAGAAUAAUCUUCCCUGUCCUCUUUGGCAGCUUCAAUCUGGUUUACUGGGCCACUUACUUAAACAGAGAACCUGUAAUAAAAGAUAUGGUCCCCUCGAAGUAGAAGGGGCUGGAAUGUGGUCUAACAUACAUUGAAUAUAGGACUGAAGACAAGCCAAAUACAACCAGUAACUGCUAAACUAUGUACUUUGUUAAACUGGCGUAAAGCAGCCAUUGAGUUGGAUAAUUUCUCUCGUUUUUCUAUACCUUUUAUCCGAAGCAGUGCUUUUCAAAAGACAUAGUAUAUAUAUACGGCUGUAAAUAUGUAUCUAUUUAUUUUCACAUGUAUCAUUUUGGGUGAUUUUUGUUUUUGAGUGGGUUUUGUUUUUAUUUUAAAUAUGUUUAUAUUUUUGUCAUGUGAAUAUUCCCUGCAUCAGAAGCUAUUUAAAAAAUGUCAAGCUGUUGUUUAAAUCUUUUUAAAUUACAGUAGUUUUAAGUAGGUAUUGGGAAAAAAAGAUCACUGUACUGUAAACAGUUUACUUAUUUAUGUAUUUAUUUAUUGUUUUUAAACAAAAGCCUUUGCAGGACACAAUUUUAUGUUAUGCUAGGGAACUCGUAAAGGACCAAACACCUACAAGUGCUUCAAUUUAAACUGUUUCAUAGCGUUAUCAAGAAAACCUAUUUUGAGUGAUACAUUUGAUCUUAUUUACUUCUUGGUAAGAAUCAGUUUGAAGGUAUUGAUUGUUGAAAUUUAUACAUUUUUGUGCAUUUGUUAUAUUUUAGCCAUAUAACGUUUUUUUCCCCCCAAGAUUAUGUUAUAUAUUAGGCAUGCAACGAGUUCUUUAUUGUCCUAUAGGAGUCCAUUUGCCAUUUUACAUAAGAUUUCUAAAAUUAGCAAUGAUAUGUGUAUUAGGAUAAAUGGCAAUGCUUUUACUUUCGCGGUUUACCCACUUAACAUGUGUGCAAUGUUUACAUGACACACGUGUCGCAUUUACAUAGCCAGACUAACACUGCAGGGAAGGGUUUUCUGCUUAUUUUCUGUUUACCAGGUGACUAUUUUUCCAGUACUUGUAACGAUUUAAGAGGAGAAAAGCCCUGUUGAAUUUCGAUGUACUAUGCUGUGCAUCUCUAAUGAACAUAUUAGUUAUGUUUUACAUUUUAAGGACUGGCACAAAAUCACAAGUUUUUUUUGUUUGUUGAUUAUUUAUUUUAUUGUUACCAUUUAUGUGUUUGUCUGCGUGUUUGUUUGUUUAUUUUUGUUUGUUUAUUUCAACAUAUUUUACAAGUUGUAUGUUGACCUGAACAUGGAAAAAACUAUUUGUCAUAAACAUUUCUAUUGUAAGUAAACAUGUAGUUUAGUGGGAAUCGUUACAGUAGUGUACAGUAAUUUAAUACAUGGUUGGUGAAGAGAAUUGAUUGGUGCACAGUUUAAUUUAAUCUAAAAAUGGUAUUGAAAUGAGCAAAGAGAACAACUGAAUCGGAAAAGUUUGUUUCUAUUCUUGCUUUAAAAAUCAGUUAUUUUCUUGUAACUAUCUCUAGUGCUUUGCAUGGUAAUAUCGCUGUUGGAAUUUCUCUAUUCCAUAUAUACUGCUCCCAGUUCACACUACAGCCAAAAUUCACAACAUAUAUAAAUGUAUAUAUAUGUUAUUUUUUUGCUAAUCGGGAUUUUGAAGCUGAGGUCUGGAAUGUUUUCGCCGGGAUGCUAUUCGAGAACGAGAAAGUUGACGUCUCCAUACGCUCUACAUAUUCUCUUUCUUCCAGUACUCAAAAGGAUUGUGCCGUGGUCAAGAUUAUGCAUUGUAUGCUUAAGCAAUAAAAAAACACCGAGUUUGGAUUGUAUCCGUUGCCUGUUGGAUUGUAAAUGCAGUUAGUUCACUCUAUGAUACCUAUGAUCCCAGAAAACCUUCAAACACCUGCAAAAUCACACGUAAUAUUACCUGCUUUGGUGCGCCAUAUUAUUAUUAUUUAUUAUUAUUGAACAACUUGUACAAUUCUUAAUAAAUUCACUUGAGUCUAAAUUUAUUCAAGUUUUAAAAUCAGUGCGAAAUUUGUGCUUGAAAAAGGAAAAAAAAAAAAACCUAAACAAAUUCUUACUAGUAUUAUUAAUCUAGUUAAUUAUACUUAAUUUAGUUGUAAAGUGUAUAAUGUUCGUUGGGGGAAGAGAGUGCAGGUUUUGCAGUAGUUCUGAGCUCAAAUCUCACUUUUUGCUUUAAGAAUACAUACCGUUUUCAAAUACCGCAGCAAAAGAGAGUAAUGGACGGUCACCUCCUCUGUAAAACACAUUACUUUUAUGUUUUCAUAUAUUAUUAUUAUUAUUGAAAUACCUAAACAGAUGUUUACUGUAAGGCGUGAGGGUCUCUGAAUUUAUUCCACCUGGUGUCUUAUCAAAGCCUGGUCAGGUUAUGUUUUAUAAGCCUUGUUAUAUCCUCUGACUCCUUUUCCUUUGAAA